UUCCAUUCUUUCGUUAGCGUACAUAAAAAAUGUCAAGCGCAAAAAAUAUCGCGUUUUUUUAAUAAAACUUAAUUAAUUCUUGUCUAAACAACCGGUGUUAUAUGUAAAAUAGUAAUAGUUUCGUUUACGACAUGUCUAAGUGUCGGCGCCAGUGCAAAUUUUAGACAGUUUAAGUUAUGAAUACUAUGUUAGGUUAGGAAACACAACGAUCGCUUUUAUAGAUUUUAUAUAAAUUCUUAUGAUUGUUGGAUAUUUUUUUCUACGAAAAUGGAUUUUGUGAAGAGGGAAGAUCAAAAUGUUAUUGACGAGGAGAACUUCAAAGCUUAUAAAUACCCAGACACACUUCAAAAGCAACAUCAUUUGGAGUUGCCGGAUCCUCAACACUCAUCCAUAUCUAUGGAGCAGAUCCACCAAGCUAUGCAGUCUACGAUGAACACAUCCAUUGUACAUAACCUCCAACUGCCUCUGUCCCCACGCCAAAUAUCUACAUUGAUGCUAAAAUCCAACCAGAUCGGACGAAAUAUAAAUUUCAACGACAUCCCAGCAUAUUUACAAAGAAAUUUGAAUACAGAGCUGGACAUCAUGCAUAUGACGGAAAUGCAACAGAAUUUGACCAGACACGAUAUGGAUCUAACGUUGGCAAGGAGUUUGGCCAACGAAUUGGAAAUGCAGAACGGAUUGGUGCAAACAUUGCCCAAUAUGGAGCAGGACUUGCGAAUUGGUGAUUUGCCGCAGAACUUAUCAGAAAUUGGUCAAGAAAUUGAUCUGUCACAUCAUUUGAAUAGGCAUAAUAUGGAGCAAGAAAUAUUAGCGCAGGAAAGAAGGUUAUCCAUGAUGCAGGAUGGCCAAGUGUUAGAUCAGAAUUUUGCUCAAACGUUGGAGCAAAGCUUGGCUCAAAGGUUGGACCAGGUGUUGGCUCAGCGUAUGGGCCAACGUAUUGGGAAUAACGUUGGUUUGCAUGAUGGACAAAGAGUUGAUGAACAUUUGUUACCAAUGCAGUUUCAUAUUAAAUCGGAGCAGGAAGAUGAUGGCUAUUUCUAUGAAAAUAUCAAUCAGGGAUUAACAAAUGUCAACAGUUUGAAUGGUCACAUACAAGAGCCUUCACCACAGCCCAUAAACCAAGACAGUCAAAUAUAUUCAAUAUACAACAAUCAAAUACCAAGUAUAUCCGCCUUGAACGCUAUAGACCUCUACGCCCGCCAACCAUACCAGAACUACGCUAUGACCAGAGACAACCCUCAAAACCUUGUAGUCAAUAGACAAUUUGAAAACAACAGCCCGUACGCGGAGGAAUUGAAAAAGGCGCCGGAAACUGACUGUUCGAAUUCGAAAAUCGAACAGCCCAAAGAGAAUUUGAAACCGUCGGAUCAAAACAAAGUGUACUACACAGAGUAUAGUAACGUUACAUAUCCGGACACUAAUGAGAAAAGCGAAAACGAUUCGAACGUUACAAAUAAACUGUAUUCUGAGGACGUGUCGAUGGAUAUCAAAGGUGAAUACACGUGUUACAAAUGUCAAGCUAUUUUCCCAUCAAAAAGAGCACUGAAACAGCACUCGAAAAGCUGUCUAGACAGCGGCACUGACAUGGAAAAGUUGGGAAAAUUCAGCUGUUCACAAUGUUCAUAUCGAUGCCAAUCUCCGGCAAUUUUGAAAAUCCACGAGAGAACUCAUACAGGUGAAAAGCCGUUUUCCUGUACGUUCUGUGAUUACAAGUCUGGCCAGAAGAAUAAUGUAGCAAAACAUAUAUUAGUGCAUAUGAAGGAGAAGCCGUUUCGGUGUCAAUAUUGUAACUACCGUUGUGCCCAAAAGAACAACUUGGUUGUACACGAACGGACUCACACAGGUUACAAACCGUUUGCCUGUCCGUAUUGUGACUACAGAACCGUACAGAAACCGAAUUUGGUCAAGCACAUGUACUUACAUACAGACCAGAAGCCGUUCAGCUGUGAUAUAUGCAACUAUAGAUGUGUUCAGAAAACGAACUUGACGAAACACAAACUUAGACAUUUGACAGAGAAGGACGGAGAGAAGUUAGACGCAAAGAAUCAGGUUAAACCGUACAGACCUAGACAGAAAAGUGUUAAAUGUCCGCAUUGCUCGUAUAGGUGUGUCCAAAAAGCUAGCUUAGAGAAGCAUAUAGUGUUUAAACAUAGUGAUAAUGUUGACGGCUUGGAUUUGAAGUGCGUUGAAUCGGAGAAUAGUGAUUCGGUUCAAAAUUUAUGUGUGAAGAAAGAUGAUUGCCAUACGUUUAGUCAUAGUGUUAAGGCGUGAUGUGUUAUUAGAAUAAGGCUUUUGAGUACAGUUAAGUAUUUGCAACGAGAAAAAUGCAUUUGAAUAGAUGCGUGUGAUCGUAUUUUAUGCGCUUUUAAUGUGAUGCCGCGCGGUAUACUCUGUCCAAUAAUAUUGCUUUCGUCUGUAAUGUUAGAAAGAGAUAUCAAUAAUAUUGGACGAAGAAAUUGUAAUUGAGUCUCAAUGGUUUUUCGAUUGUAGUUCCUAUCUCGUGUAAUUAAGAACUUCUAUGAAGAAACAAUUGAGACACAAUUCAGAUUUAACAUUAGCAUAUCUAUAAGUGAUAUACCGCGUUGAUCGUGCGAAAUAUAUUCCAUUCAGAGCACCUGUUUCAAAAUAUAUAAACAAAAAAUCUUGGUUUUUUGACAUUAGUAUAUAAUUAUUUUUCCCGAUCUUUGUAUUAUUUAUUUACAAAUAUCAUUACACAUCGUAUUUUGUAUGCUUUUGCGUGUCAGUGUACCGUGCCAUUGCAGGGUAACUUGAUGUGCUGUUGACUGUACAUAAAAGGAUAGUUAUAUAGAUAAAAUCAUUUAUUGGCAUCACAAAAGACACAUACAAUACAAGAAAUGUAUCUGGCCAUGAAUGCAACAAUCCAUUUACUUUUUAAUCUGUGUGACUGUGUUUUUUUAUAUUACGAUAUCUUAUGAUUUAUUUUCCAAAGACUUGUUCACGUAUAAAUAAAUGUACAUAUGUGUCUCUAUAUAUUUGAAAACAUACUUUAAAUUUAUUUUAUUUUAUUAUAUUUAUAACACACUAGCAGCUCAUUAAGCUGAUGCGUGCGUGUCUUGAAGUUUCGAGAUGUUAUCCAAUUGUUCUUAAAACUAUUGCAAAAAUAUUAAAAAUAUUGACUAAACAAAAAUCGUACUAAUAUUAUAAAUGGGAAUGUUUGUGAGGAUGUAUGUGUGUGUGUGUAUGUUUGUCUCUUCCACGCAAAAUCUACUUGACACAUUGAAAUUUGGUACACGGGUAGAAUAUAACCUGAAAUGGCACAGGGUUCCCACGGGGGCGAAGCCCCGGGACGAAGUUAGUAAUAAAUAUAAUGAUUUGUUUGGAUUAUCUCAAGGCUUUAAUUUAGAGCGGCUUGAAUGGACUACAGAUAUAUAAAUCAGGGACCAGACCGCUAUCCCUUUCACGGGUUUUGAAGGGGUUUUUGGAAUGGGUUUGCUUUCGAAAGCCGUUCGGUGCUGUAACCCGUUCAAUUUGCUUUGGUAAGCGCUAUAUCAACGACUACCAAAACCCUUUCUUUGAGGUAAAUCAUACGAAGGGGUUAUACGUUCAGAUAGCAGGCUAAUAGUGUGAUGAAAACUACACCCCCUCCCCCCGCAGGCAUUUAAGGGGAAAGCCAAUGUCCGGUCCCUGAUAUAAAUAGGUGCUCUGAUUGUAAUACACACUAUAUUUUAUGUAACUACAUCGAAUGUAGAUUGUGAAUGACAUUUUUGUUUGUCAGAGCGUUUCGACCGCUGCGACCGCGCUGUCAUUACAAUUUUUCAAAUUUUAACAAAGACAAGAAUUAAGUUUUACUAUUUUAAUGUAUAAUAAUCGAUCUGUACAGUGGUAAUGUGAAUUUUAUGAAUGAUUGAUUUUCGAAAUGAUUCCUUCCGCAAGUAAUUGACGGAUCGGAAUGACAGCGGCCGCAGCGGUCGAAUCACCCUUUUUCGAUAUAAAUCGAGUGAUAUUAUAGAUAGGAAAUUAUGUUAAAUUCACAUAUUUUUUGUUGUCUUGAAAUUGUAUGACCAUUCUAAAAAUUUCUGAAAAAUUCAUGUCCAAAAAUCGGAUUAAACGUGCAGUAUUUCGUCUAUAUCGUUCACGGGGUGGUCAGAGUCAAGAAUCGAGACACGAUGACCAAAUAUUCCAAUUUAUCAAUUCAAUCUUCCCAUUCAAUCGGGUUCUAAGCAACGUGUCGCGAUGAAACCAGAUUUUAAGUUAGAUCAUCUAUACACCUGUGAAAACUGCAUCCAUUUUCACUUCUGGUCCAGUAAAAUUGAUAGAUUAUUAUGUAAUGAUAAUGAAAUGUGAUCCUUAUUUGGAGCGUAGUUAAGUUUAACAAUGAUUUGUAAAGUGAAUUUUAAAGUCAUAUUAAUAAAAGUUUGUGAUUA